GUUGGAGCUGAACGGGCAUAAGCGAAGACUCGCCUGGGAGGCAUCCACAAGAAGCAUUCAUGAUUGUGUCGAAUCGACCAUCUCAACCUCAGACUGUCUUAUUUUUGACUCAAAUACUGCUCAGCGGUUUUCUGAAAAUGGCAAUUUGAGUAUCAACGUAACGAUUUCCUUUAUAACCACUGGUAAAUGA